AUGAACAGGAAACGGUUUACACUACAGGAGCCAGAAGUGAAAGACUAUCUAAUCAAAGGAGAUAGGUUCAUCAAGUGGAGAGAGGAAUCCACACGCACUGUCCCAGUCACCAUGAAAAUGGAUCCAAAGGGGUACUACCUUUACUGGACCAAUCAGAGUAAGGAAACAGAAUUUUUGGAUGUUGCCACUAUUAGGGACACAAGAUGUGGAAAAUAUGCAAAACUUCCUAAACACCCUAAAGUACGCAAUGUAUUCAACUUGGAUUUCCCUGACAGUAACUAUUUGGCUAAAACCUUAACAAUUGUGUCAGGCCCUGAUAUGGUCAAUUUGACAUAUCGCAACUUCUUUGCUCACAAGGAGAAAGUGACACAGAACUGGGCAGAGGACAUUCUGAAUAUAGUCUACAAUCCUUUAAGGGUCAAUGCCUGCAGACAAGUCUUCCUGGAGAAAAUCUAUGUGCGCAUCUCCUUGCAGACCAACAAAGAUGGCAAGAUCCCUGUCAAAAAUAUCUAUAAGAUGUUUCCAGCUGACAAGAAGAAAGUGGAGAGUGCACUUGCAGCUGCUCAUCUUCCCAAAGGAAAGUUUGACUCCAUGAAGCCUGAGGUGUUCACUGAAAAGGCAUUCAAGGCCUUUCUCAACAACUUGUGCCCAAGACCAGAGAUUUACGAAAUCUUCACAUCACACUCCACUAAGCCUUACAUGACCAAGGAGAGCCUGGCCAAGUUUCUCAAUGAGAAACAACGAGACUCUCGGCUCAACGAGGAGCUGUACCCACCCGUGAGACCUGAGCAAGUGAAGACCCUUAUUGAAAAGUAUGAACCCUGUUCCUCCAAUGCUAACCGUGGUCAGAUAUCUCCAGAAGGGCUUUUCUUUUAUCUGAUGGGAUCAGAGACAUCGGUUGUAUCCUUAGAGAAACUGGCCCAGCACCAAGACAUGAACCAGCCUCUGCCUCACUAUUUCAUUAAAUCCUCUCACAACACGUAUCUCACAGCUGGCCAGUUCUCUGGCGUGUCCUCUCCAGAGAUGUAUCGCCAGUGCUUGUUGGCAGGCUGCCGAUGUCUGGAGCUUGACUGCUGGAAGGGAAAGCCACCAGAUGAAGAGCCGAUCAUUACUCAUGGCUUCACCAUGACAACUGAGAUCCUAUUCAAGGAUGUGAUUGAAGCCAUUGCAGAGAGUGCCUUUAAAACCUCAAAAUAUCCUGUUAUUUUGUCCUUUGAGAACCAUGUGGAUUCGGUCAAGCAGCAGGAGAAGAUGGCCAACUACUGCAAGACCAUAUUCGGAGAUGCUUUACUUAUCGACCCACUGGACAAGUACCCACUUAAACCAGGCCAGCAGAUACCAAGUCCUGCAGAGCUCAUGGGGAAGAUCCUUAUCAAGAAUAAGAAGAACAGCUCGGGUGAGACCAAAGAAGGCCAGUCCAAUGUAAAGAAACCUGUAGUUCAGGACCAGCAACCAACCCCCACUGACUCAGCUGAACCCAGUCAAUCCACUACUGCCAACCAGGAGGCACAAGGUGAGUCCAAAGGUGUACAAGAGGAUCACGAAGAACAAGAGGAGCAAGAGGAGCAGGAUGAGGAGAAGAUGAAGAACUCAGAUGAGGGAACUGCUGGUCAAGAAGUGACAGCAUAUGAGGAGAUGUCAGCCCUUGUAAAUUACAUCCAGCCCAAUAAGUUCAUCUCCUUUGAACAUGCUAAAAAAAAGAACAGGAGCUAUGUGAUCUCAUCAUUUGUGGAGACCAAAGGAGAGAGUCUGAUAACUAAGAGCGCUGUGGAAUUUGUGGAAUAUAACAAACGUCAGAUGAGUCGGAUCUACCCUAAAGGCACACGCAUGGACUCCUCCAACUACAAUCCACAGCCCUUCUGGAAUGCUGGCUGCCAAAUGGUGGCGUUAAACUACCAAACCAUGGAUUUCCCGAUGCAGCUGAACAUGAGUCUGUUUGAGUUUAAUGGAAGGACAGGUUUCCUCCUCAAACAUGACCUCCUUCGACGAAGUGACAAGAAGUUUGAUCCAUACACUGAUAGGAUUGACACUAUUGUGGCCAGUACACUAACAAUCAAGAUUUACUCAGGUCAAUUUCUGUCUGAGAAGAAUGUGAAAACUGCAGUGGAGGUGGAGAUUAUUGGAUUGCCCAACGACCCUAGACGCAAAUACCGCACCAAAUGGUCAGCCACACCCAACGCCAUUAACCCAUCAUGGAACGAUGAACCUUUUGUGUUUGAGAAGAUAUUGCUGCCAGAAAUGGCUUCACUGAGAAUAGUGGUUCAUGAUGAAGGGGGGAAGUUCCUUGGACACAGAAUCAUCCCAGUUGAUGCCAUUCAGUCAGGUUUCCAGCAUAUCUGCCUGCGCAGCGAGAGUAAUAUGCCUUUGACCUUGCCUGCUCUGUUUGUGUUCAUCGAGGUGAAAGACUACAUUCCUGCUGCCUUUGCUGAUUUCACAGAUGCUCUGUUCAAUCCAGUGAAACAUUCUGACAAGGCACCAAAGACAGAGAGCUCCACAUAUGUAAGCCCUUAUGAGUUACCAGUCUCUACAACAGCAGAGUCAGUGGUGACUACUAAAAACAACUCUACCCCUGCACCACCAACUGUAGCAGAGCCUGAUGUCACUGUCAGUCCAGCAGAGGGCUCUAUUGCUCUGCCUUCAGAAGAACAAGGACGCAUCCUCGGACCCUCAGACUCACCCUCAGACUCUGUCCAGAAAGAAGUUACCCCUGCCCCAAAUACAGAAGUACCCACUACUGUAAAUUCUACCCAAACACAGGACACUUGCACUACUGAUCAACCUCAAUGCCUGUCUAAGGUUUCCCCCAUCCCUGAUGCAGUCACAACCCCUGAGGCAGCCACUGCACCAAAUUCACCUACUACCGUAAAUGAUAGCAGUACUAAUGAAGAGUUGAGCCCAGAGGUUCCUCCCUGUUCUAAUGCUGACCACAGUGAUAAUCGUGACUCUGAGGUCAGUUCCACCUCUGUAACAGACUCCAGCUCAGCCGCAGGAUCUGACACUGCUGUCAAAAAACCAAACCCCCCUUUGGCCUCUGAGCCUGCAGAGCCAUUCACAGUGACUAUAGAGGACCUGAAACAGCACAAGAGUUACCUGAAGGUCACUAAGAGACAAGAUAAAGAGAUGAAAGAGCUGGAAAAAAAGUUUCAAAGAAAGGGAGAGGAGCUGACUCAAAAAUACUGUGAACAGUUCAAGGCCCUCAAAAAGAAGACCUCUGUGAAGAAGAAAGACACAGGAUCUGGAGAUGAGGAUGUCAGGUCAAAGGUGGCUGAGCUGAAACAGAAACUGCAGAGUGAGCUCAAGGUGCUGUGGGUAGAGCGUUAUGAUCAAGUGAAAAAGAGGAAGGAGCAACAUGCCACCGAGCGUCUGGCCAAGCUUCUGGAGAUGGCCACAGAAAGACACAGCAACGAACUGAAGGCUCUCCACAGAGAAGACAAGGACAUGAAGAAGAAAGGAGACAAGGGCAGAUUGAAGAAGAGUGAGAGUUGUGACCAACUUGAGGAUGAUGCACAGCUGACUGACAGCAGCAUCAUUCAGGAGGACGCUCUUAAGAAGCAGCAAGCCAUGACUUUGAGUGAAAUCAGAGCACUGGCUAACCAGCUCAACCAAGAGGCGGUGGCAGAACAUGCUCGGAGGAUGUGGUCCCUGCCUUUUGACCUGCGAGAAGCAGUGAACAGCUGUGUGGGCACACAUUUCCCUGAAGAAGUGGAGCAGGCUGGGGAGAACCAAAGAGAACGGGGGGGGCAGUAUGGACAUGUCUUUCUGGGGUGA